AUGAACGACCUCAUGACCGAUUCCUUCGUCGCCGCCGCGGCCAAGGCGCAGCAGGGCAGCGCGCCCGCCUCUUCCGCCGGUGGCGACGCCCCGGAGCUCCGCGCGUUCCUGGCCGAGGCGGAUGCGGCCAAGGCCGAUAUGGCCGCGCUGCGGGACGAGCUGUCCCGGCUCCGGGCCGCGCACGAGGCGUCCAGGCACGCCGUCGUCGUCGGCUCCGGCGGUGGGCGCGCCGCCACGCAGGCCGCGCUCGUCCGUCUCCUCGGCUCCGCGCGGCGCCUCCGGGCGCGCCUGGCUUCCAUGGACCGCCGCGCGCCCGCACCCGCCGCCCAGGCCGCGGCUGGGCUCCGCGGCCGCGUGCACGACCUCACCGCGGACGUGCAGGCCCUCCGGUGCCAGGUCUCCGCCGAGCGCCGUGAGGACGCGGCCCGACGGUACCUCACCGUCGCCGGGGACGCGCCCACCGAGGAGCAGCUGGACCGGCUCCUCGCCAACACCGACGAUUCCGACGCCGCGAUGCGGGCGGCGCUGCUGUCCGCCGCUCCGGCGGCGCAGCUGUUCCUGGACAUGGCGGCGCUGGUGGAGGCCCAGGGCGCGCCGCUGGACGACAUCGAGCGGCACGUCGCGGCGGCCGCGGGCGACGUGGGCGCGGCCGAGGCGGAGCUAAGGGAGGCCCGGAGGCUGCAGGGCGAGGCGCGGCGGAGGCGGGUUUGCCUGGCCGGCGGCAUCGCGGCGCUGCUGCUCGUCGCCGUUGCCGUCGCCGUCGUGGCGGCGCUCGUGCUGGCGCGCAGGGGCGGCGGCGGCGGGAAGCUUGUGCUGCAGAUCGCCGCGGACUUUCCCGCGCGGUGA